GCACUGUGAUGUUACAGUUCCCAAGAGACCAGCAACCCCACAGAUGCCACCAGUCUCCCUCCCGCUGAGGCACCUCUUCCCCGCUCCCACAGCGUGUUCCCCAAAGGGCGGGCCCAGGGGCAGGGCCCUGCAGACCCCGAGGGACCACCAAGAUGUCGACGGCCAGCAAUAUUGUUCCUGACUGGAAGACUCUGAAACGCCUCAUCCAUGAGAAACUGGAGCAGAGGACGGUGAUCCCAGGAGAGAGACGGGAAAGCGGUAAGGUGGUGCUGAAUGACCGGCCCCAAGUGGUCUUCCAGGAGAACCGCUUCCCCCAGCCCAUGCCCCCCCUCUGCUUCUACUACUCCGACACCUUCUACGUCGUGUGCGUCUCGUGGGUGCGGCCAGGACGCAGGGAAAUCCAGGCGGUGGUGUGGGUGCAGAACAAAGAAGAGAAGCGGCAGUUGGAGGAGAAGACUUUCCCCGUGACGGAGCGGCCGCCCCCGGUCCAGACCCUGGUGCACACGGGCCCCCACCGUCUGCUGGUCGCCUACUGCGGCGACUUCUGCCUGCGCCUCUUCGGGGACCACACCCGGGCGCUCAAGUCCCUGGGCACCGUGCCCUGCCCCUUCGCCAUCAGCAGCCUGUGCUACGACCCACAGAGCGGCAUGCUGCUGUCGGGCAUCCACGGGGCGCUGGUGUGCUGGGCCAUCGAGCCGGAUGGCCGGGGCCUGCACGUGGCCCACACGGUGCCCGUGUCCGGCCGGGAGUCGGUGCAGGGCCUGAGCUCGGACGGGCCCCCGGGGGCCCUGGUGGCCCUGUGUGAGAGCGUGGCCCGGGUCUUCGCCCGACGGAGCCAGGGCCGGCUAGAGGAGGUCCAGAGUUUCGCCGACCCGGCCUGCGGGGCCUCCCUGACCUGCUGCUACACCUGCACCGCCCGAGGCUACCUGUACACGGGCAACCGGGCCGGGCUGGUGCAGGCCUGGCCCCUGAGCCGCGGCCAGCGGCCGCAGCGCUUCCGGGCCCACAGAGCGGCCUUGGUGUGCGUGCGCAGCCGGCCCGAGGCCUACACCCUGCUGACGGCCAGCAGCGACGGCACGGUCAAGGAGUGGAACCUGAGCUCCAGUCGACUGCUGCGCCGGCUGGACCUGGGCGAGGAGCUGAAGCAGCUCUCCUUCCUGGACGCCUCCACCUUCUUCUGCCACACGCGCUGCGGCUUCUCCCUGCGCCUUCUGCCCAGCUUCUAUCACCUGUUCAGCGUCUGCGGGUCGGCCCCCCGGCGGCUGCGGCGGAUGCCCUGCGGGGCCGGGCGGGCCCGCAUCCUGGCCUCCACUGAGAACGGGCUGCUCCGCUUCCUGUCCCCGGUCACCGGGGAGCUCCUGGCCCUCAGCUGGCCCUUCGCCGCCCUGGACCGGGCCAUCGACUGGGUCUACGCCCCCGACCGGGAGGAGCUCUUCGUGGCCACGGGCACCACCGACGUGCUGGUGCUGGACGCCGGCCGCUGCCCCUUCCCGGCCAAGUACCUGCUGCAGACGUCCGCCAAACAGGAGGACCGGGUGCUCUGCCUGGCCUACGGGCGGCCGGAGCUGGGCCGGGGGCUGACCGGCCUGGUCUACUGUGGCCACUGGAGCGGGGUGAUCAAGGUCCUGUCCCAGCACAGCUGCGCCCGCGUGGAGAAGCACAUGCACUCGGCGCCGGUGCUGGCCCUGUCGACCCUGGUGGGCAACCAGCCGCAGCCCUCGCGCGAGGACGCCCUGCUCUGCUCCUACGGCGCCGACGACUACGUGCACCUGUCCGAGGCCGUGCUCCUGGAGGGCAGCCUGGCCCUGCGGCCCCUCACCAGCAUCCUGAGCAGCUGCCACCUGCAGCACCUGCUCCUGCUGCCCGGCUCCGUCGGGGCCGUGACCGAGAGCAGCCGCCUGCGCCUCUGGCGCUACCGCGACUUCCUGUUGGCCUUGGAGCCGAGCCAGAGCUCGGGCUUCCUGGAGACGGAGCCCCUGCACGACGGGCCCGUCAUCUCCUUCGACUUCUGCCCGGCCCUGGGCAUCCUGGCCACGGGGGGGGCCGACGGGAUCAUCCGCCUCUGGGACGCCCAGGGCACCCAGCUGGCCGAGCUGGACUCGGAGAUGCACUUCGGGCCGCUCUGCUUCGCCAACGUCCGCGGCGACCUGCUGCUCACCUUCAACCAGAGCCUCUACCUGGUCUCCUGCCUACAGCUGCUCCCCGACUCCUUUCUGGAGCGGCUGGCCAGCCUGGGACUCUGGGAUGAGGAACAAGAGGCCCCGCGGUCCUUCCUGCCCGGCUUCCUGCUCUCCUUCGACACCAUCUUCGUGCCCAAGUACGCCUACCGGGCCCGCCAGCUGCAGCACUACCAGGGGCUGGUGACCCUGACCAACCGGCGGGCCAUCGCCUUCGACCAGGCCGUGCCCUACGUCGUGGAGGAGGGGGCGGAGGAGGAGGAGGAAGGUGGGGGCGGCUUCCAGGGGACGCUGAAGCCCCGGCUCAGGUCCCCGCAGUCGGUCCGGCGGGCCAGCCAGGCCCUCGGCUCCCAGGCCGCCGAUGCUCCUCCGGACCGCCGUCGGCGCCCGGCCCUGGCCCAGCCCCAGCUCGAGCAGGGCCAGCUGGAGCGGGGCCCGCAGCUCCGCCUCUUCUUCGGCCAGGGCCGCUCCUGGCUCAUCGCCCCCGACGGCUACAUCCCCAACUCGGUCAUUCGGGCCCGGCUCUGGCCCGAGGGCACCCCGGUCUUCCUGCACUGUGGCCUGCACUGCUCCCAUAGGGACCCCGACUUGAAGGUGGGCGAGUGGCCCUUCCCCUACGGCACGGCCAAGGCCACCGACCAGAUGGACGAGGCGGAGGAGGGGGCGUUAUUCGCGUUGGCGGAGGCUGUGGGGGGCCCGAGCGGCGACGAGGAGCGGGCCGCCCCCCAGGUACCCCAGGACCCAGCCCGCGACAUCCUGCUGAAGUUGGCCGGGGCGGGGAGCUGCUGGCUGGAGGCCAAGCUGGGCCAGGUGAACCUGGACAGCCUGGUGCCCACGCUCCUCCGCCUCAUGAGGCAGAGCUCCGACGAUCGCUACGUCCAGUGCGUCAGCACGCUGGCCCAGAUCUUCGCCGUCCACCAGGUGCCGCCGCGGCUGCGCUCCGAGACGGCCCGUCGCCUGCUGGAGGACACGGGCCACCCCAAGCCCCUCAUCCGCGUGGCUGCCUGGGAGGGGCUGGAGCGGCUGGGCCUCAUGAGCCUCCUCUUUGCCGUCCCGCUGACCCGAGGGCUGCUGGACGGCGACCUGCAGGUGCGCCUCAAGGCCCGGGAGAUCAUGGCCUCGACCACCGGCAUCCGCAACCGCCAGGCCCUGCAGCAGCUGCUGGAGAAGCGCGAAACCUUCCGGGAUAUGCAGCAGGAGCAGAUCGGGGAGGAGUCCCUGGACCAGCUGCUGAGUCUGCGGGCCACGGACCUCCCGGCCCUGCUGGCCGAGGUGGAGCGGCAGCUCAAUGAAGACCUGGACCUGAAGGACAGGACACUGGGACCACAGAUCAGCCUCGAUAUCUCGAAGGCCGCCGCCGCCCCCCCGCCCCCACCGCCGCAGAUCCUCAUCCCCACGGCCCCAGGCAUCACCAUGGCCACUCCCCAGAUCCGCCAGCGCUCCAAGAUUGGCAGAGGGCCAGGCUCUGGAGUGGGCCAGGCAGCAAGCAGAGCCAGGAUCCUGCUGCAGGUCUCCCAGAAGCUGGAGAAGGCGAAAAAAGGGCCCCCGCCCGAGCCAGAUGAGUCCGCCCCGAAGGAGAGUGCAGAGGCGGUGGCCGUGACACCCGAGGGAGAGGUCGGGACCUUCCCGGAGAAAGAGGUGACCACAGACGAGAGUCUGCAGGGGGCGCUGGCCCCUGUGGGCCGGAGGCCCACAGCCGUGGAAUUGUUCCAUAACGUGUUCAGGUCCCGGCAAGAGGGCGCCAAAGUCUCGAAAAUCUCAAGGGAGAGCACCAGCCUGUUGGGCGUCCGAGGGGAAGACAAAAAAGUACCCAGUGUGGGUAGCCGGAGUGUCGCUGGCCUGCCCGGGCCCACCGAGCCCGAACAAAGGGGUGACCAGGAUAGCAGCUCGUGGAGGGAGGAUCUCUGCCGGCUGGUGAACCUCCGUGUGUCGGCGUCCCUCGAGGGCCUGGGCCGGGACCUGACCGCGGAGCUGGUGAACACGGCUCGAAGGGCGUUAGGGGGCCGGAGGCUCAGCUGGCACCUCUUCCAAGAGAUCUGCCCUGUCUCCCUGCUGCCCAGCCAGGGACCCCGGCCAGAAGGCACCGUCCAGGCCGGGCUAGGGAAACCGGGGACAGAGGAAGCAGGGAGAGAGGAGAAGGAAGGGAAGCCCCCCAGUAAGAGGGAGGCAGAAGUUUCCAAGAGAGAAGAAGAAAAGGGAAGGGAAAUUUCCAAGAGGGAGGAGGAAAAGGAAAGGAAGAUUUCCAAGAGGGAGGAAAUUGACCUUGCCCCCAAAGGGGAAGAAUUCGUCAAGAAAGAGAAGACAUUGCCCACUGAGGAACAGACAUUAACCCGGGAAGAGAGAACACCGGCCAGGAAAGAGGGGGAGGUGACUGUGGAGGAAAAGGAAGUGGCAAGAGAUGAGAGGAGCCUGGCCAGAGAGGAGAGAGAACUGGCCAUGGAAGAGAAAGAGAUGAUCAUAGAAGAGGGGAGGCUGGAUAGAAAAGAGAGGGAAAUGACCUGGGAAGAGAGGGAGAUGGCCAGGGAAAUGAGGGAGAUGGCCAGGGAAGAGAGGGAAAUGGCCAGGGAAAUAAGGGAGAUGGCCAAGGAAGGGAAAGAAAUGGCCAGGGAAGAGAAAGAGAUGGUCCAGGAAGAGAGAAGAAUGAUCAAGGAAGAGAGUAGGCUGGCCAAGGAAGAGAAGAAGCUGGCCAGAAAAGAGAAGGAAAUGACCACGGAGGAAAAAGAGGUGGCCAAAGAAGAGAGAGCACUACUCAGGCUAGAGAGAAAAAGGGUCAUAGACCAGAGGGAGUUGGCCAAAAAGGAAAGAGAAUUAGCCAAAAAAGCGUGGAAUUUGGCCAAGGAGGAGAGAGAAAUGGCCAGGAAAGAGAGGGAAAUGGCCAGGAAAGAGAAGGAAAUGUCCGUGGAGGAAAAAGAAAUGACUAAAGAGGAGAGAGAACUGUCCAGGGAAGAGAGGAAACUAUCCAGGAAAGAGAGGUCACUGUCCAGGGAAGAGAGGGAAAUGGCUGGGGAAGAGAGGGAAAUGGCUAAGGAAGAGAAGGAAAUGUCCAUGGAGGAAAAAGAACUGAUGAAGGAAAUGAGGGAGCUGGCCAUUGAAGAGAAGGAAAUUUCCAUGAUAGAAAAAGGAAAGACUGAGGAAAAGAGAAGGCUGCCCGGGAAGGAGAGAGAACUGACCACAGAGGAGAGUGACGUGUCAUUGGAAGACAAGGAUGAGAGCCAAGAGAGGGAAAUCGCCAAGGAAAAGAAGGACAAGUUCAAAGAAGAAGGUGAGGAAAUGCCAAUGGACGGAAAAGGGCCGACCAAAGAAGAAAGGCAGCUGCCCCGGGGAGAGGUGGAAAUGGCAAGAAAAGAGAGGGUUGUUCUCGAGGAAGAGGAAGAAUUGCCCCUCGAAAAGAGGAAGUCGUUGGGAAAAGAAAGGGAGGUCUCCAGGAAACAGAAGGAAAUUCUCAAGAAAGACUCAAGGGAAAUGAUCCAAGAGGAGAGGAUGUUGGCCAAGGAAGAAAGGAAGCUGGCAAAGGAAGAGAGGAGAGUGGCUGGAGAAGAGAGAGAGCUGGCCAGGGAAGAGGCUCAAAUGUCCAUGGAAGAAAAGGAAAUGAUGCAGGAAGAGAGAAAGCAGGCCAGGGAAGAGAGGGAAAUGCCCCAAGAAAUGAAGGAAAUGAUACAAGAAGAGAAGAGACUGACCCGAGAAGAGAGAGAACUACCCAAAGAAAUGAAGGAAAUGGCCCAUGAAGAGAAGAAACCGAGCGGGAAAGAGAGAGAAAUGCCUAAAGAAAUAAAGGAAACAACCCAAGAAGAGAAACUGGCUCGGGAAGAGAGGGAAUUGUCCACAGAAAUGAAGAAAAUGAUUCAAGAGGAGAGGGAACCGGCCAAAGAAGAGGGGAUACUGGCCAUAGAAGGGAGAAAACUAGCCAGGGAAAUGAGAGUGCAGAGCAGGAAAGAGAGGAAAUUGGCCAGGGAUAGGAGAAAACUGGCUAGGAAUCAGAGGAAACUAUCUAGGGAUCAGAGACAACAGUCCAGGGAUAAGAGGAAACUGUCCAAGGAAGACUGGGAGAUGAUCGGUGAAGAGAGGAAACCCGGCAGAGAAGAGAAGCAAAUGACCAGAGAAAAGAGAGAAAUGGCCAAGGAAGAGAGGGAAAUACCCACAGAGAUGAAGGAAAUGAUCCCAGAAGAGAGGGAACUGGCCAGGGAAGAGAGGAAAAUGCCCCAAGAAAUGCAGGAAAUUAUCCAAGAGGAGAGGACACUGGCCAGGGAAAUUUCAGAAGUGACCGAUGAAGAGAGGAAACCGGCCGUGGAAGACAGAGUAGCAUCCAUAGACGAGAGGCAAUUGACCGGGGAAAGGGGGGAAAUGGCCAGGGAAGAGAUGGAAAUGGCCAGGGAAGAGACAGAAAUGGCCAGGGAAGAGACAGAAAUGGCCAGGGAAGAGAUGGAAAUGCCCAGAGAAAUGGAGGAAAUUACUCCAGAAGUGAGGAAACUGGCCGAGGAAGGUCAAGAAAUGACUAGUGAAGAGAGGAAACCUGCCAUGGAAGUGAAAGUGAUUGCCAGAGGAGAGAAGCAACUGACCAGAGAAGAGAAGCAAGUGACCAGAGGAGAGAAGCAAGUGACCAGAAAAGAGAAGUCAGUGACCAGAGGAGAGAAGCGAGUGACCAGAGGAGAGAAGCAAGUGACCAGAGGAGAGAAGGAAAUAUCCAUAGAAAUGCAGGGAAUCACUCAAGAAGAGAGGAAAGAGGCCAGGAGAGAUCAGGAAAUGACCAGUGAAGAGAGAAAACCUGCCGUGGAUGAGAAAGUAGUGGCUAGAGGAGAGAAGCAAAUGACCAGAGAAAAGAGGGACAUGCCCCUUCUGAAAAUGAAGGAACUGAUCCAAGAGGAGAGCAAAUUGGCCAAGGAAGAGUGGGAAAUGCCCCAAGAAAUGCAGGCAAUUACCCAAAAAGAGAGGAAACUGGCCCGAGAAGAGAGGAAAGUGGCCAGGGAAGAGAGGAAAGAGGCCAGAGAAGAGAGGAAACUGUCCAGGGAUCAGAGGAAACUGUCCAGGGGUGAGAGGAGACUGGCCACGGAAGACUGGGAAAUAAAAGGGAAAGAGAGUAAAGUGGUCCCGGAAGAGAAGGUGAUAGCCAGAGAAGAGAAGGAAAUUGCUGGGGAAGAGAGGGAAAUGGCCAGGGAAGAGAGGGAAAUGGCCAGGGAAGAGAGGGAAAUGGCCAGAGAAGAGAAUGAAAUGGCCAAAAAAGAGCAGAUAAUCACUAGGAAAAAAAGGGACUUGAUCCUCAAAGUGAAGAAAGUAGUCAGCCAAGAGAGGGAAAUGGCUAGGGAAGACCAAGAAAUGCCCCAGACGAGGCAGGAAAUGGUGGAGGAAGCAGACCAAGUAGCCAGUGCAGGGAGUCCCCCCUUGAAGAAAGAGGAAAUGGAAAAGGACAGGCCAAGUCACAAGGCCAGAGAGGCUGGGCUGUUCAAGGCGGAGUUGCAGAAGUUUCUGAGGCGCUGGAAGAAGUGGAGGAAGCGGAUGAGGCGGGCUCGAAGGGUGGAGACCAUCCUUGAAGAGGAGGAGCCAAUCGAGGAAGCCAGAGAGUCGUCCCUGACCGAGGAUAGUCAAUCAGAAGAAAAGUCUGAGGAAGAGGACGCCUUGUCCGAGGAAGCGGAGAGCAUGUACCCAGACGAGGCAGAGGGAGAAGGGGCCUUCUCUGGGGAAGACGAGGUGGGCGGUGAGGGGGGCCCAUCCCAGCUGGAACGCCUCAUGGAGUUACUGAGGGAACAGAUAAUGGGGCCCUUGGUGAGCCAGACCAGGGAUGCGCAAAGGGAAGUGGCGAAACGCAAGCUGGAAGUGGAGGGCAAGCGCUGGUCUUCCCUGAAAAGGCUGCCGGAAACAGUCGAGAAGAAAGCCCCAAGAGUCUCGUUCAGGUUCCCCGAAGCAGCCGGAGAAGCCGGGGCCCCCGAGAAGCGAAGGCACCGGCGCCUGGGAUUGUUCCCCAAUGAGCCCCCGGAGCCCCCCAGGCGCCGGAAGGCUCCCGAGCUGAAGGACCACAUGCAGAUGCCCAGGACGUUGACGCCCAAGGAGGCGAAAGAAGCCCGGAAGUGGGCCUGGUUCACCCAGCUCGAGCAAAUCCUCACCGAGUCCUGGACCCCAUCCCUGGAGGAUACCCCACCCAAGCCCCCCACCCACCUGGAGCUGAACGGGGUGAAAACGGCCUACCGCCGCCUCUGGGAAGCCCGGGGCCUCAGCCGGAGUCGCUUCCUCCGCUUCUGCCAACUACUUUCCGAGCCCUCCGGGAGCGAGCUCCGCAGGCUGCUCCAGCUGGCCCACCUGCAGGACAUCGUGGCCCGCUGCGGGCCCUCGAGCGAUGGCGGCCCCUCCCACGCCCCGGAGAAGCCCGCCAGAGUCCCAGGACCGAGGGGACCCAGAGGUCGGUGGACCCUGCCGGUGCUCCCGCCCAUCAGGAGGAAAGAAAUUCCUCAAACGCCUGCAAAGGGCCCGGGGGCCCAGGGGCUACCAGUACAACUCAAGACCAUCCCCGGGCCCUGGAAGAAGCUGGCCCUGCUCCCGCGGCAGGCUCGCCGGCCCCAGGCUCGCGGCGCCCGGCUGCCGAAGGGCAGCGGCCCUGCCCAGCGGUUCCCUCAGGCCCCCGCGGUCCCACGCUCUGCCUCGGUGCAGGAGGAGAGGCUGAACUGGGAGACCUUCCUGGCGCUCUACCAGGUGCUGCUGGCCAUGCGGGCGCGCUGCGGGGAGGACAGCCCCAUCUGGCUGGCCCAGUUCAACCACCUCCUCGACCUGUACCGCCUCAAGUCCCCCCGCCUGCGGACCUUGCUGCAGCGGCUCCUGAGGGCUCAGGACCGCCCCCGCCGGGACUUUGUGGUCGACGCGGCCAGGGAGGCCCGCGAUCUGGCCCCCGGAGAGCGGUUGCUCUGGAAGGUGCUCUGUGGGUGCCCCCGGCCUCCGCCCCGACCCCCUGCCUUCGAGCAGGUGCUGCCCCUCCCCUGGAGGAACAACGUGCACACCAUCCGGCCCAAGGGCGAUGCCCACUGGGGCAUCCUGAAGCUCAGCUGGCGCAGUCUGGCCUCCACCCUCCCCACGGAGGGGCUGCCCCAGUUCCCCACCCCCCGACCCUCUGAGUGGCGCCGGCCCCAGAGGAAGCCCCGUCUGAGCGACACCCCUAAGGUUCCCGGGAAGAGGUGGGAGGAGGGGGCAGGGGGAGGGGGGCAGCCCCAGCCCCUAGGCCCCCACCACCACCACGUCAACUCCAACCCCGACCGGGCUCAGCCCGCCCUCUUGGUUAUUCCAGAAUAAAACCGGAAUCAAUCCAUCAA